CUUUAAUAGUAGGUUGUUAGUUAGUUCUAGCCCUGUCGGCCUUGGCAUAGCAAGGUCCAUUCCUGAAGAAGGCCGCCCACGAGGGGAACGCGUCGAGAGCAGUGAGAAAUGGCCGACAGGUUUCCUCCUCCGCCCAUGAAGGCCACCCAGGACCAAAUGGACGCAGCUGAUGUCCCGUACCACUACCGGGACUAUUGCGCGCAUAUGUACAUCGACUACAAGGAAUGCCGUCUUACGAACGGCUUUUCGUGGAGGUCAAAGUGCAACCACGAGCUGCACGCGUACAACAAGUGCGAGUACAAGGAGUUCAAGCGGCGGGUCGCUAUUGCCAUUGAGGAGAAGCGCAGGCGUGGUCUCAUUGCGUAAGGAGCCAUGGACAGCAGGAAUAGCGUGGCGGCGUGCGGAGCAGGCGAUAUGACACGUUUGGAUUUUCAGCGUUGACGAUCAAGUGGCAUACCCCAUGCAUCCAACCCAUGGCGUCAUGCAACUAGGGGAAGAGCUCCGCCUUCUGGGGGCUGGAGUUUAAGCAGCUUAUUGAGUAAUGUAGGUUAAAUUUUCUUGCGAUGGGAGCACAGAGUACAGGGGAUGUCCGGGCGGUGGGGGAUGGUCGCCUUUACGGUCUGUGCAUGUGUGUUGUACGGAACCACUGAGGGGAGCAUGUUGCGUUCCAUCUCCAAUGGUGAAGCAGACGUCCUGUCGCAUGUUGAACGUGUGUCCGGAUGGUUCUGAGUAGGCGCAAUGUUAUUACGUUAGCGAAUCAGGGUCAUUCACUUGACUUCGCUACUUGGUACUUGCGCAGGCUUUCGCGCUGUGAGGAUACCACACCUCAUUGUAAGAUUGUCAGAUAUCAAAUAGAAUUAAUAUGCCGGUUAAAGACUUGAGUAAUUUGUUUAUUGGCAACUUGGACUAGACAGCUUCAAAUGGAAGACACACACAGCUGUUGACUUCUAGCGCAGCCAGCGUUGCGCCAGGGAACAGUUAAACUAUGACAGAACUAGCGAAAGGCAGUGGAGCGCCUCCGGUGUCCACUUCGCCCUUCUUUCAGCAUGGCUUGGUGGCCCUUAGUGUCGCUGCAAUCCUCGCCCCGUUUAGUUACUAUAUGGGGCAUGCAGCGCGCUUGCUUAAAUUACCGCAAAUCACGGGGUAUCUCGUCUCCGGUAUCAUCUGCGGUCCCUACUUGCUCGGCAUCCUCUCUACUGAGUCCGUUGUGGAUUUGAACAUUAUAGAAGGCGCCUGCCUUAGUAUAAUUGGGCUCGCAGCAGGCGCGGAGCUGCAUCUUAGUGAGCUGUCGAGAAGCAAAAAGCAGGUGUUGAGCAUAACCUUCGGUAUCUGUAUCUCGACAUGGCUUGUUUGCUACGGCGCGUUCGAGUACACGGGUGCCUUGCUGCCGAAACUCGGCGAACUAGAUGCUGCCCACAUGGUGGCGAUAGCUUCCCUCGGCGCCACCCUUAUGAUGGCUCGGUCACCCGCAUCGGCGAUCGCGGUGCUCAAGGAGAUGGACGGCAAGGGCCCCUUCUGCUCGCUGGUGAUGGCGGUGGUGGUGGUGAAGGAUGUGGUGGUCAUCAUCGCGUAUGCGGUCAACGUGGAGCUCAUACGCGUGUCCAUCCUUCCCUCCUCCUCCGCCCCCUCCCGCCCGCCGCUGCUGAGCAUGUCGCUGCCGCUGCUGAGUGUGCUGCUGAGCGCCAGUGUGGGGGUGUGCGGCGCGCUGCUGCUGGGGGCGGCGCUGCGGGGGCAGGCGCUGCUGGCGGCGCUGGCGCCCAACAUGGGCCCGGCGGGCGUGUUCAAGGUGAAGCAGGGUGUGGUGCUGCUGGUGUCCACCUGCAUCUUCCAGGCGGCCCACCAGCUGGACGCGGAGCCGCUGCUGGCGUGCGUCACCAUGGGGCUGGUGCUGGCAAACAGGAGGCACGAGCGCGCCGACAAGGAGCGCGAGGAGCUGCACGCCAUGGUGAGCCAGAUCAUGGGGCUCACCAAUGUGGCCUUCUUCGGACUGGCGGGCGCAUCGCUCAAAGUGGGUGCGCUGAAGGACAUGUUCAGCGCGGCGCUGCUGGUGUUCGGCGCCCGGCUGGCGGCCAUCUGGCUGGGCUCCUGGCUGGGCUGCUACGGCAGCAGCUGCCCGGGCGAGGUGCGGCGGAUGUUCUGGAUGAGCAUGGUGACGCAGGCGGGGGUGGCCAUGGGGCUGGCGAGGCUGGCGGGCACACGCUUCCCGGACUGGGGGCCGCACUUCCAGACGUUCAUGAUGGCCAUCAUCCUGUUGAACCUGCUGGUGGGUCCGCCGCUGUUCCGGUCCGCGCUGGUGCGCAUGGGCGAGGCGCGGGCGCUGCUGCUGCUGCCCAUCAAGGGCACCGCCUCGGGCGGGCAGCAGCUGGGCGGCAUGGGGUCGCUGAAGGAGAACGGGG